CUGGCCGUGCCCCCCCCGGGCCGCAGCGAGUCGGAGGCGCUGGAGGAGAUCAGCCGGGCCUGCGAGACCCUGGCCGAGCAAGCCGGCCGCCCCAGCCCCCCCUCCCCGGACACCCCCCCCAAAUUAGGCUUGGGGGGAGGCCGCCGGCACCGCCGACCCCCCUCACGUCACCGGGAUCUCCGCCGGGGACCCCCCCGGCGCCGGCACCCCCGGAAAGAGGAGCGGGAACAACAACAACAACAGCAACAGCAACAACAGCGCGAGCAGCAACAGCGCGACCGCCCCGUGCUGGCCACGCUGGACCUGCAGAGCCCCGGCGUGCAGGAGAAAGGGGGACCCCCGCCCAGGCUGGAAACGAAAGGGGGGGCUCCCCCCAACAACAACCCCCCAGCCCCCGCUGCCCCCGCGGGACCCCCGCCCGCCUUCGUCAGCUCGGCCGACCUGCUGAAGCUGCGCUCGCUGGGCGAGGGGCCCCCCAAGGAGCUCAAGAUCCGCCUGAUCAAGGUGGAGAGCGGAGCCGGGGGGCCCGGGGGGAUCCCCGGGCUCGGGGGGACGCCCGCCGGUGACGCUUUGGCGGCCUCGGAGGUGGCCGAGCCCCGGGGGCUGCCCCUGGCUCAGCUGACGAUCCGGCACAGCGCCGCCGAGGUGGUGCGGGCCAGCAAGUGGUGGCGGGCUGUGAUUGGUCCCUGUGUCGGGUGCCGGUCUCUGAUUGGCUGCCGCUGUUCCCAGCUGGAGAGCAAACGCGACGCCUUCUCGCCCGUGCUGCUGCAGUUCUGCACCGACCCCAAGAACCCCAUCACCGUCAUCCGGGGCCUGGCGGGGUCCCUGCGCCUCAACCUGGGGCUGUUCAGCACCAAGACCCUGGUGGAGGCCAGCGGCGAGCACGCGGUCGAGGUGCGCACGCAGGUGCAGCAGCCCUCGGACCAGAACUGGGACCUGUCGGGGACGCGCCAGGUGUGGCCCUGCGAGAGCAGCCGGUCCCACACCACCAUCGCCAAGUACGCCCAGUACCAGGCCUCCUCCUUCCAGGAGUCCCUGCAGGAGGACAAGGACAGCGAGGACGAGGAGGCCGAGGAGCCUGACAGCACCACCGAGACCCCGCCCAGCCCCCCCGACCAGAAAUCCCACCAGAUCAUCAAGUUCGGGACCAACAUCGACCUGUCGGACGCCAAGAUGACAGCGGGGACACUGAGGGGACAGGGGGGGUAUAUACAACAUACCUCCACGGGGAACAUGCUGAGCCACGUGGGCCACACCAUCCUGGGCAUGAACACCGUGCAGCUCUACAUGAAGGUGCCCGGCAGCCACACGCCCGGCCACCAGGAGAACAACAACUUCUGCUCGGUGAACAUCAACAUCGGCCCCGGCGACUGCGAGUGGUUCGCGGUGCACGAGCACUACUGGGAGACCAUCUCCGCCUUCUGCGACAGGCACGGCGUGGACUACCUGACGGGCUCGUGGUGGCCCAUCCUGGAGGACCUGUACCGCUCCAACAUCCCGGUGUACCGCUUCGUGCAGCGCCCCGGCGACCUGGUGUGGAUCAACGCCGGCACCGUGCACUGGGUGCAGGCCACGGGCUGGUGCAACAACAUCGCCUGGAACGUGGGGCCGCUGACAGCGUACCAGUACCAGCUGGCCCUGGAGCGCUACGAGUGGAACGAGGUGAAGAACGUCAAGUCCAUCGUGCCCAUGAUCCACGUGUCCUGGAACGUGGCCAGGACCGUCAAGAUCAGCGACCCCGACCUCUACAAGAUGAUCAAGUACUGCCUGCUGCAGUCCAUCAAGCACUGCCAGGUGCAGCGCGAGAGCCUGGUGCGCGCAGGGAAGAAGAUCGCCUACCAGGGCCGCGUCAAGGACGAGCCGGCCUACUACUGCAACGAGUGUGACGUGGAGGUGUUCAACAUCCUGUUUGUGACGAGCGAGACGGGCGGGCGCAACACGUACCUGGUGCACUGCGAGGGCUGCGCGCGGCGCCGCGGCGGCGGCCUGGCCGGCGUCAUCGUCCUCGAGCAGUACAAGACCGAGGAGCUGAUGCAGAUCUACGACGGCUUCACCCUGGUGACGCCGCCGACCCCCAGAUGAGUCCUGGCCCCCCCCAGGGGACACCGCGGCGGGGGCGGGGCCGGGGGUCCCCCCGCCCCUCCCCCCACGAACACUUUUUAUUUAUUCCCGGAGAAAUCGCCCCAAAAGUCGCCUGGACGGACGGGCCGCCCCUCCCCCAGCGCGGGGGGAGGGGCUUUGGGUGGAAAAACUCCGAUUUUAUACAAAAAUCCCGAAUUUCUACGAAUUUACAAAGCCCCUCCCCCGCCGCCCCUCCCCCCGCGGUGGGGGAUGGGGGGGGUCUCUCUGCUGCCCCUCCCCCACCCCCGCGUUUUGGGGGCCGCUGAACUCAGAGGGGGUUGGGGGGAGGGGAGGCUCCGCUCCGGCCCCUCCCCCCUUAUUUUG